CAGUACACAAUUUCGCAAUGGCCAACAUUCUGGAUUGUCCGAUAAUUUCCGUUAAUGCUCAUGUUUGGCGGUUCUGGUCCUUCGUUUUGAAGCACGACAUUAUGCGGUACGUGAGUAUCAUCCCGGUGACGGUAAUGACGUUAUUUAUGUUCACCGACUUGUAUCGGUCGUGGGGAAACAUCCAGGAGGUCAUUAUCAAGGCCUACUUUGCGGUGCUGUACUUCAACGCGGUGCUGCGGACAUUGAUUCUUGUACACGAUCGUAAGCAUUACGAGCAGUUCAUGGGAGGAAUAGCUGAAGUGUAUUCGGAAAUUUACCAUAUAAAAGACGACAUCAUCCAAACCACAUUGAGAAGCUACACGAUCCGUGCUCGAAUACUGUCAAUCAUGAAUCUCGCUCUCGGCGCCAUUAUCAGCACCUGUUUCGUGGUUUACCCGAUGUUUGCCGGAAAUCGUGAUUUACCGUACGGUAUGUUCAUCCCUGGUGUGGAUAAUUUCCAAUCGCCCCAGUACGCAAUAAUCUACGUGGUUCAGGUUGUGCUGACCAUUCCUGGCUGCUGCAUGUACAUCCCGUUCACCAGCUUUUUCGCAUCGACCACCCUGUUUGGAUUAGUCCAAAUUAAAACCCUCAAACGACAGUUGAUCAUCUUCAAGAAUGGCAUCAUCGACCAGGACGCCAAUGAAGUUAACCAACGAAUUAUAAAAAUUAUAAAAGAUCACGUCCGAAUCAUAACCUACGUUGCUGAGCUGAACUCACUGGUGACCUACAUUUGUUUCUUCGAAUUCAUCUCGUUUGGAGCAAUGCUGUGCGCUUUACUUUUUCUUCUGAAUAUUAUUGAGAACGUCGCGCAAACCGUCAUCGUCUUUGCGUACAUUUUCAUGAUAAUUUCGCAAAUCUUCGCCUUCUACUGGCACGCCAACGAGGUGCGGGAGGAAAGCAUGAACAUAGCGGAGGCUGCCUACAGCGGCCCAUGGGUCGAGCUGGACAAUUCAAUCAAGAAACAUCUUUUGCUGGUUAUUCUUCGAGCGCAGCAACCACUGGACAUCACAGUAGGCAACGUCUAUCCGAUGACGCUGGAAAUGUUCCAAUCGCUGUUGAAUGCAUCCUAUUCGUACUUCACCCUGCUGCGACGAGUUUAUAAUUAAAGAGGAAGCAACAAUGAUG